UUUUAUUCACUCGCCUCAGCUCAUGAUCUCUUAUCACACCAUAUUUUAUCAUCCAUCAGAUAAUAUUUUGCAAUAUUGGGCUAGCUUGUGUUGGUGAUCAAGAUCAGAUAUACUAAACUAUAUCAUGAGCGACUCUUCUGCUUCAUACAUCCGAAUGGUGCAGCACCUUAUAGAAAAGUGCCUGAUUUUCAAAAUGACAAAAGAAGAAUGCAUGGAGGCACUAUCCAAGCAUGCAAACAUCAAACCCGUAAUCACUGCUACUGUGUGGAAAGAGUUAGAGAAAGAGAACAAAGAGUUCUUCGAGGAAUACUCACAAUCGCAGGACAAAGAUCGCAUGACAGAAGCAGAAACCAGUGCUAUGAUACAAAAAAUGAUAUCAGAUUCCAAAGAAUCCGACGAAGCAUGUUCUUCCAAGGAAUCGGACAAGGAUUAAUAGUAGUAACAUAUAUUAUUCCCACGAGAAAGCGAUCUAACCUUUGAGUUCUUGUUGGCAUCUAGUGUUGGUAUAUUACACUUAAUAUUCCUUCUUCACAAGCUGCCAAACUCAAAGGCAUUAAUAAUUAUAGUACUAUAUAAAUCAGGAGCAAAUUUAAUGCGUAAAUUAUGAUGCACGUGAAUCUAUGGUCUUUCCGCAAAACUAGAUGUUUUACGUACAUAUUUUUAAAAAUUGAUAUAAUAUUAUAUAUUGGCAACCAUGCUCCAAAAAGGUUGAAUGGUGCACUUAAUUGAAUGUUUAGUUAUUUAACUAGAGGAAUAGUGAUCAAUUCUAGCUUGA